AUGUGGUGGUUACUAGUAGUUUCAAUUGUUUUUAUAUUGCUAGGUAUUAUAAUAUACUAUUCAUAUAAGGCUGUGGGGACAUCUCCUAUACAGGAUGCCUUUUUAAGAGAUGCCUUCACUGCUUCUGGAAAAUUAUGCUUUCCAAAAAAAGACUUAAGGUUAUAUUGUCAAUAUCGUGAAGAAGUUGCACCUAUGGAAUGUUCUAUAGAAGAGUUUCAAUUACGUUUAAGAGCUGCAUCUCCUGAACUAGUAGUAGAGAUGAAGAAAUCAUUAUUAAGAAGUGCUAUGAGAAUACAAGAAAGUUAUGGUAGAAUAUACAAUGAAUACAUUGGCCAUAUGCAACUAUAUAAGAAGCUUUUAUUGUCUCCAGCUCAAUGGAGUUAUAUAGAAAAUACAAUGGAAGAAUUAAAAGAUACAGUUCAAUUUAUUAGAGAGGAGGCGAAUUUCAUACAGGAAAAUUGGGGUGAGGCAAUAUAUAUGGAAGCAAGGAAGCUUAAUGAAAUAAGAAGGAAGCAAGAGGAAAUUAAGAUACUAAGAGAGAGACAGAUGAAAGAAAAGGAGAUGAUAUUAAAAAAAGCUAAAGAACAGGAAUUAGUUGAUGAUCAAAGAGCAAAUGAGAAAGCUAAAGAACUUCUUAAAGAGUGCUCUUUGGAAGAAGCAAAGAAUACGAAGUUGAGAAGUUCAGGUAUGACUCAAAGGAAGAAUAAACGUUAG